AUGAUCACAGCUAGUCUGUUAAGUGAUAACGUCGCAUUUCAGAGCAAAUGGACUCUCAAUCAAAGGUCUUCCGACUCGCUGUGGCAGUCCUUUCAAACUCUUGACGUCAUUAUCAGCGACUCAUCCGAUACAGGCUUAGGAAGCCUCUCUCCUGGAGUCUUCCGAAUCCAUGAUCAGAAUAUCACACAGUAUUUCGAUUUGGAUCAGCGGUCGCCUGUUGGAAAUUUCUUGCAGGAGACGAUCGGCCAGCCACAGAGGCCCAUUGCUGUCAAAUUUGUCCUCCCGGUUCACAGUGGCUUCUGCGUACGGUCUGACUUUCUCGAACGUCGUCUUGAAGGCUGUGAGAAUGUCACUACUGUCAAAGGAUUCCUUAAACCUCAACAGGAAGUCAAGUCUUCUGGUGUACGUAGCGACAAUGGUGUUGGAUUCACUCAACUCGACUCGCUUCUUGCUAGCGCGGUGGGUGGCAUUGUGGCAAACAAUGUAGCCGCCCUAGAUGGGCUUGAGAAGCAACUUUAUAACCGGAUCAGUUUCCCGUGGCUUUGCCCUUCUCCUGCUUCUCCCAAGCGUGUGGUAUGGGUGGCAGGUCGAGCAGACUUGAGUCUCGGCCGGCGUAUCUUUGAGGCGGCUUGGGCAUUAGGAAUAACCCUUGUGAUCAUCGACAAGCCGGGUCAUUGGAUACAGCAAGACGAUCCUCGCUGGAGCCAUCUCCGCGAAGCUUUUAUUCCCCUCGAUAUCUCAGGCGAUGCUGGCUUCGUCGACCGCCUUGUAUCCGCAAUCCGCAACUACGGCAAGCCAAUUCACGGAAUAGCCACCGCCAGGGUCCCACUUAUCGUCGGCAUCGCUAAAGCUUGUGAGAUUCUUGGGAUUCCCACGUCGCCUUCACAGGCCUACGAGAUUGCUGGGGAUAAGUAUCAGACUCGCGAGCUGGAGCCAACCAAAAACGAAGCUUUUUGUGUUUCCAGCAUCGCUCAUUUGAACGGUAUUCUGGAUUCGAGCGAUCACCCGCUGCUACAGUAUCCGCUGAUUGUCAAACCGUGCGAUGGAUGGAGCAGCGAAUGCGUGUCGAAGGUCCACAACCAGCUGGAGCUCGUGCAGGCUGUCGAAAAGGCGUUCGAUCCGCGGCGUACCGACCAAAAGGAUAGCGCUGACGUGAUGAUUGAACCAUACAUUGAAGGACCUGAAGUGGAUGCGAAUGUGGUGUUACUGGAUGGCGAGAUUGUAUUUUUUGAAGUGUCUGAUGACUUUCCCAAGUCAGGUGAUCGUCAAGGAACCGAUUGGAAAGCCAACUUCCAAGAAACGUCCAUGUUACUACCAACAGGUUUGCCCCAAGCCGAGGUAGAUAUCAUCCGCAACUCCGUGCAUCAAACAGUCUUGAGGCAAGGAUUCAGGAACGGAAUUCUGCAUUGUGAAGGCCGUAUGAGAUACUCUAGCAUGAGCUAUACGGUCAAGAAUGGGAUCGAGGAUCUGUACGUCAAUGAGCAGAGCAACUGCCAACAACCGACCUUCUUUCUUCAUGAAGUCAAUGCCCGUCCGCCUGGCUACGCUUGGUCCGUCGCAACGUCGAUGACAUAUGGGGUGGAUUACUAUGCGCUGCAACUUCUCUACGCAGUGGGUGACAUGGAACGUGUCCGCAUUUUUGCUCAACCUUUUAAGGAUGGCCCGCAGUGGUGGCUUGCACUGCUGGCAAUAGGGGCAGACAAGGAAGGCAUCCUAAAAACAGAAGAUCCGGCAAAGGAGUUGAUCGAGAGGGUUGGGGAACUGAGACCGGCAGUCCCGGAUUACAAGUGCUUCUAUCCGAAAGGUAGUAGACUGGACGGGGCACAUGCAAGUAAAUUGGCGUUUCUAGCGAUCUUUUCUAUUAUAAGCAAAGAGAGCAGGGAGCAGGCCAUCAGAUUGGCAAACAAGGCUCGGGCCGAGUUUCAUUACGAGGUUGAGCAGUAG